GGCAGAAGACCUGCAAGCCACAGUGGCUGCCCUUUGCGUGCUGCGAGGUGGAGGACCCUGGGCAGGAAGCUGGCUGAGCCCCAAGACCCAGGGGGCCAUGGGCGGGGAGCUGGUGCCUGGCCUGGGGGCCCUGCAGCGGCGAAAACGCCUGCUGGAGCAGGAAACGUGGCUGGCCUGCUGGGCACUGACGCUGGCGGGGAUUGGCAUCGGGCUCAUGGUACUACACGCAGAGAUGCUGUGGUUCGGAGGGUGUCCGUGGGCGGUCUACCUGUUCCUGGUUAAAUGCAUUAUCAGCAUCUCCACCUUCUUGCUCCUUUGCUUCAUCUUGGCCUUUCAUGCCAAGGAGGUUCAGCUGUUCAUGACUGACAACGGCCUCCGGGACUGGCGCGUGGCGCUAACGGGGCGGCAGGUGGCGCAGAUCGUGCUGGAGCUGGCCGUGUGCGGGCUGCACCCGGUGCCGCUGCGGGGCCCACCGUGCACGCAGGGUUCCGGGGCCCCGUCGAUCGCCAUGCAGUCCUGGCCCGGCUUUCUGAGCCAGGGGGAGGCGCUGCUGUCACUGGCCAUGCUGCUGCGCCUCUACUUGGUGCCCCGCGCCGUGCUCCUGCGCAGCGGCGUGCUGCUCAACGCGUCCUACCGCAGCAUCGGCGCCCUCAACCAGGUCCGCUUCCGCCACUGGUUCGUGGCCAAGCUGUACAUGAACACGCACCCCGGCCGGCUGCUGCUCUGCCUCACGCUUGGCCUCUGGGUCACCACCGCCUGGGUGCUGUCGGUGGCCGAGAGGCAGGCUGUCAACGCCACCGGACACCUUUCAGACACUCUGUGGCUGAUCCCCAUCACAUUCCUGACCAUUGGCUACGGGGAUGUGGUGCCGGGCACCACGUGGGGCAAGAUCGUCUGCCUCUGCACUGGAGUCAUGGGGGUCUGCUGCACAGCCCUGCUGGUGGCCGUGGUGGCUCGGAAGCUGGAGUUUAAUAAGGCAGAGAAGCAUGUGCACAACUUCAUGAUGGACAUCCAAUAUGGCAAAGAGAUGAAGGAGUCAGCUGCCCGAGUGCUGCAAGGGGCCUGGAUGUUCUACAAACAUACACGCAGGAAGGACUCUAGAGGCGCCCGCAGGAACCAGCGCAGGCUGCUGGCCGCCAUCAACACGUUCCGCCAGGUGCGCCUGAAACACCGAAAGCUCCAGGAACAAGUGAAUUCCAUGGUGGACAUCUCCAAGAUGCACAUGAUCCUGUGUGACUUGCAGCUGGGUCUGAGCAGCUCACACCAGGCCCUGGAAAAGCGGAUUGAUGCACUGGCAGGGAGGCUGGACACCCUGACCGAGCUGCUUAGCACUGUCCUGAGACCGAGGCAGCUUCCAGAACCCAGCCAGGAGGCCACAUAGCUGGCCCCACGGAGGAAGAACCAGGCUACUUUACCCAGGACUCAGGUCCAGAACAUUCUCCCUUCUACUCCUGAUGCAGCCCUAUGAAUAAAGCACCUCUAAUGCAAGGACUCAAGGGGGCCCUACCUUAGGGUGGGCUGACUCGCUGAGGCUGCUGGAGGGGACAAUGGCUGAAGGAGGGAGGCCGUGGCCCACCCGAGGCCCCAAAUGGGGAAACAGUCACCACCACCCCAUGUAUCCUCAACCAAAACAUCCUCACAGUGCUGCCACAGAUGACCUCCAGCUAAGCGGAGGUACCUGGGGGCUGGGAUGGCUGGAGCCCAGAGGAGGAGGGGACUGAGGGCCCAGAGUCCAGGAUCCUGGGGUGCCUCAGUUGCCCGCUGGUCAGGAGAGCUGAAGGAACCAGGUCUGAAGCCGGGGCAAGGCAGGAGGCGGUGCCCCCUGGUGGGAGAGCAGGAGAUGCCAUUUUUCUAGAUUUACAGAGAAUAUUGUCAGAAGGAG